CCGGAAGCCGCGGCUGGAGCGGCGCGUGGUGAUGUCGGCCGGCGGCGCGGUGGAGCCGGGACCCCCGGGGGUCGCCGCCGCCUCGGGGCAGCUGUUCCGGCCCAUCAGCGCCGAGGACGAGGAGCAGCAGCCCACCGAGAUCGAGUCUCUGUGCAUGAACUGUUACCGCAACGGCACGACGCGCCUCCUGCUCACCAAGAUCCCUUUCUUCCGUGAAGUCAUCGUGAGCUCCUUCGACUGCGAGCACUGUGGCUGGAGCAACACGGAGAUCCAGUCGGCGGGCCGGAUCCAGGAUCAGGGAGUGCGUUAUGCGUUGACCGUGACAUCUCUGGAGGACAUGAACCGAGAAGUAGUGAAGACCGACUCUGCCACCACCAGGAUCCCUGAGCUGGAUUUUGAAAUUCCUGCCUUCAGCCAGAAGGGGGUUCUGACCACCGUUGAAGGAUUGAUCAACCGUGCUAUCUCUGGCCUCGAGCAAGACCAACCUACGCGAAGGGCCAAUGAAGAUGCCAUAGCUGAAAGAAUCGAUGAGUUCAUUGUCAAGCUGAAAGAGCUAAAGCAAGUGGACUCGCCUUUCACUCUGAUCAUUGAUGACCCUUCAGGGAACAGCUUUGUGGAGAACCCACAUGCUCCCCAGAAAGAUGAUGCCCUGGUGAUCACACACUACAACCGCACUCUGCAGCAGGAACAGAUGCUGGGCCUGCAGGCAGAAGCACCAGCAGAGAGGCCAGAAGAGGAAGAUCUCAGAAACGAAGUACUGCAGUUCAACACCAAUUGCCCUGAGUGCAAUGCCCCAGCUCAGACCAACAUGAAGCUAGUACAAAUCCCCCACUUUAAGGAGGUCAUUAUCAUGGCCACCAACUGCGAGAGCUGUGGGCAUCGGACCAAUGAGGUGAAAUCUGGAGGCGCAGUAGAGCCGCUGGGCACCAGGAUCACCCUCCACAUCACAGAUCCCUCGGAUAUGACCAGAGACCUCCUCAAGUCUGAGACAUGUAGUGUGGAAAUCCCGGAGCUAGAGUUUGAACUGGGAAUGGCUGUCCUUGGGGGCAAGUUCACCACACUGGAGGGGCUGCUAAAAGACAUCCGGGAACUGGUAACCAAGAACCCCUUUACUCUGGGCGACAGUUCCAACCCUGGCCAGGCAGAGAAGCUGCAGGAGUUCAGCCGGAAAUUGGACCAGAUCAUGGAAGGUCAUAUGCAGGCCCACUUCAUUAUGAAUGAUCCAGCAGGAAACAGUUACUUGCAGAAUGUGUAUGCACCAGAAGAUGAUCCUGAGAUGAAGGUGGAGCGUUAUGAACGCACCUUUGACCAAAACGAGGAGUUGGGGCUCAAUGACAUGAAGACAGAGGGCUAUGAGGCAGAUCUGGCCCCACAGCGGUAGCAGUGGGAAGGCCGCGGCCAGCCUCCAGCACUGCUCUUAGUGUAGAGUUAUUUAUUACUAAUGGAAUAAGGCUGAGAGAGAGACCUCCGCACCAGGCCUGGCCUUUGGUUGGAAAGACAUCUGGUCCAAGUCAGUGAUCUAGGCACACUUUCUAAGUAGCUCGCAAUGCAAGUUCAAGCCUGUGUGCGUUACUUGACCUUAUUUUGGAGGUUUUGAAUUGGCCUGGGAAGAAACACAAAUUAACCACGGGAUCUGUUGGUAUCACAUUUUUCUAUCAACUCUGAACCUUCCUUUCACACAGCGUUGUGUCUAGAGUUGGAACCCCAAAGUUGGCAGAGAUGGGACCCAGUGACAGUUGGAGUGGGGAGUUCCUACUGAGUAAUGAGGUACUGACCUUCAAGUCAGGGCUGAGGAGAGAGGCUCCAGGGCAUGUGAAGAAGUUACCAUUAAAGUGAUGGCUUU